UAACAAAAUUUGUUGCACCAAAAAAGAACAAGACACAAAUUUGAAGGCCCAAAUGUAUCUUCAUUUUCAUCCAAUAAUGAACCCUUUUGUUGGUCGUUAAUCGGUACAAAUUUACAACUCCAAAAUCGAAAUGUGUCCAAGUUCCAUUAAGGGCAUUAAGCCAUUAACCAUUAACCAUUAACUUUUAGGCCCAAAAUCAAAUAUACGACAUCUCAACCGUCCGAUCUAGGUCAUUUGCCAAGUUUCUCUUUCCUCUUUCUCCAGAAUAUAUAAACCCUACCAACCGCUUUCAUCUUCUUCCUAGCGCCAAAACAUUUCUAGGGUUUAUCACGUUAGAUUCCUUUUUCCUUAGUCCAGCAAAAUCUACCGGAGGUUAAAGAGGCGGCACCGUUUCGCUGUCCGCCUUGACAAAGCCGUUCUCACAGCUUUGCUUGGCCCUCGAUUUUGUUUAAAUCCACCAACAAAAUCAAGACAGUAACCCUAAUUUUCCAGAUUUGUUCAAAAGUUUGAAAACACCAUUUAUCAACAAUGGCAGUGAAACCAACCAAGGCUGAGAAGAAGAUCGCAUACGAUCAGAAGCUAUGCCAACUCUUGGACGAGUACAGCCAAGUGUUGAUCGCAUCCGCCGACAAUGUGGGUUCGAACCAGCUCCAGGGUAUCAGGAGUGGUCUAAGAGGUGACUCUGUUGUUUUGAUGGGGAAGAAUACUAUGAUGAAGAGGUCUAUUCGUCUUCAUGCUGAGAAAACUGGCAAUGACAACUUGCGCAAGCUUGAGCAGUUGUUGGUGGGAAAUGUUGGGCUUAUCUUUACCAAGGGUGAUUUGAAGGAAGUUAGGGAGGAGAUUGCCAAGUACAAGGUUGGAGCUCCUGCUCGUGUUGGUUUGGUUGCACCAAUUGAUGUUGUUGUCCCACCUGGCAACACUGGUCUUGAUCCCUCCCAGACAUCUUUCUUCCAGGUUCUUAACAUCCCCACCAAGAUUAACAAGGGUACUGUUGAAAUUAUCACUGCUGUAGAGCUUAUCAAGAAGGGUGAGAAGGUGGGUUCGUCUGAGGCAGCUCUUCUUGCCAAGCUUGGAAUCAGGCCAUUCUCAUACGGUCUGAACAUUGAGUCAGUUUAUGAUGACGGGUCUGUGUUCAGCCCUGAAGUACUAGACCUGACUGAAGAUGACCUUCUUUUAAGGUUUGCUACUGGUGUCUCGAUGGUGACUUCUCUUUCCCUUGCCAUCUCAUACCCAACCCUGGCUGCUGCUCCACACAUGUUCAUCAAUGGGUACAAGAAUGUUCUUGCUAUUGCCGUUGCAACUGAUUAUGACUUCCCCCAGGCAGAGAAAGUCAAAGAGUACCUCAAGGAUCCUAGCAAGUUUGCUGUUGCUGCUGCUCCCGCUGCAGGUGCUGCUUCAGCUGCAGGUGGUGCUGCUGCUGCUGUGGAGGAGAAGAAGGAAGAGCCCGAGGAGGAAUCAGAUGAGGAAAUUGGUUUCAGUCUGUUUGAUGAUGAAUAGGUUACUUUUAUGUUCAAAUCUGUUAGUUGGGAGUUAUGUCUCUAAAGAUUGUUAUGUUUAAUUUUGAUAGCAACAGUUGUUUAAUAGAAUGAUGGAUCUGUUUUAUGGUUAAAUCGAUUCCAGUUUAUUGUUUUGUUUA